AUGACUGAUUGCUGGUCGUUGGCGCCUCUCUUGCUUUGUCCUUCUUGUUGUGGAUACUUAUUAUGCAAGCAACCACAUCAACCUCUCAACUCGUUAGCUAACUUUCAAUACUAUGGCCAUGAGCGGUUGCCAGACGCUGUCCGUAGUGCACUGAAAAGUGCCUCUCUGUAUGACCUCAUGUUGGUCUCGCGUGCAUGUGCGCCUCAUGUCACCCAUUUUUAUUUGUACAAGUUCCAAGUGGGUGGCUAUCGCCAGAGCGAGGAGUUGUCUCAGUGGUAUAACCAAGGGAACGUUGCUAUUCGGCUGCAAGACCCGCCUCAAGUGCAAUCCUUGUUACCUCCCUCAUAUGAUGACAUCCGUGAUGUGGUUUGUGUUGUUUUUACCGGUCAUAACCAGUCCCCCACUCACGAGACGUUGAAACAAAUGCACCCGAUUCUUGUUACCAAGAGCAUUGUCAAGACCCUGAUUGAUUUUUUGACAGCCAGCAAUCUGUGGUAUCAGCACAGUGAGGUUUCUAUUGGAAUCCAUCAACCUGAUGGGAAAUAA